GAUUCACGAGCUCAGACACAGAGACACGGAGGAGAUCCGGAGAGACGCUUUAGUUUGGACGCAUUAACGCGCAUUGAAGAGGACGCGGAGUACAGCGCACUUGUUUCGAGAGGAGUUUACAGAGAAACCUUCAGGUCAACAUGAAUUUAUUACUAAACCUGCUGUUGCUGCUUUUUGCUUUUUGCUGUGCUGCAGAUCCCAAAGUGCUCAAUAUCAGACAGAAGAGAGGCACGCGCACAUAUAGAAACGCUUGUGUGGACGCUAAUUCGGCCGCGGUCAGAGACAUUGGGGCGACGUGGUUGCGAUGGAAGGCUCAGAAAGUUGAAUUCUGCCGCUGCGCCGUUCGAGCAAGAGUACGCUGUCAUGAGAUACCGGUGACCAAAUGUUUCGUGUCUAAGUGUUAUAAUGGAGGGACGUGUAAAGAAGCUGUUUACUCCAGUGACUUCAUCUGCCAGUGUCCGCCCGGGUUUACAGGCACACAGUGUGAAAUCAACACAACUGAGCGAUGUUCCAGGGGUCAGGGGUCGGGUUACCGUGGCACCUGGAGCAUGAGUGUGUCAGGACUGGAGUGUAUUAACUGGAAUUCCAGCUCACUCCGAGGGAAGAAGUUCACCGCCAGGAGACCAGAGGCAAACACACUGGGACUGGGAAAUCACAACUACUGCAGGAAUCCAGAUGGAGACGCUAAACCCUGGUGUUACGUUUAUAAAAAGGCUCAGAUCUCAUGGGAGUUCUGCUCUUUACCGACCUGCAUAAUCGACCCCUAUCUAGAGUGCGCACGGGGAUCCGGUCAGACCUACCGAGGGACGAAAGCCGUCACCCGCAGCGGUUUGAAGUGUCUGUCAUGGGAUUCACCUGCAGUGUCUCGAAAGAUCUACAACGCAUGGAGGUCCGACGCCAGAGAGAUCGGCAUCGGCAGCCACAACUUCUGCAGGAACCCGGAUGGUGACCUGGGCCCCUGGUGUCACGUCUAUAAAGGGUCUCAGUUGACCUGGGAGCUCUGUGACGUCCCUAAGUGCCCGAGGAAAACUCCGUCAAUCACCACACUUGGCCCAAGAGCCCCGAUAACCACCAACACUCAAGGUUCCUGCGGUCAGCGGGUUGAAGCUCCUUCAAACUCUCUGCCCAUGUUCAGGAUUCGUGGAGGUCAGGUCAGCGAUAUCAGAGAGCAGCCGUGGCAGGCUGCCCUCACCGUCUAUCUGCCACGCGCUAAAUCAUACAACUUCCUCUGCGGCGGUGUCCUCAUCGACUCCUGCUGGAUCCUCACCGCCGCUCACUGCUUCCUGGAGAGAUUUGAUGAGAAUCGUCUUCGAGUGGUUCUGGGCCGAACCUUCAGGCUUCAGAACUCCAGCAGCGAGCAGAUCUUUGACGUGGAGAAAUACUGGAUUCAUGAGCAGUACGACGACGAGACGUAUGACAAUGAUAUCGCUCUGCUCAAGUUGAAGAGUGAGUUCGGUAUCUGUGCCGUUCACUCUCCAGAAGUUCUGCCUGCAUGUUUACCAGAACCUAACCUGGUUUUACCGGAUUGGACGGAGUGUGAGAUCUCUGGUUACGGGAAAGAGGAAGAGUUUUCUCCGUUUUACUCGGAGCGAAUUAAGCGCGGUCGGGUGCGCUUGUGGCCGCAGGAACAGUGUGUCCCGGAGAAGCUGGCUGGCCGUCUGGUGACCCCAAACAUGCUGUGCGCCGGAGACACGCGCGGCCUGGACGACGCCUGCAAGGGGGAUUCCGGUGGUCCUCUGGUGUGUCCCAAAAAUGGCAGGAUGACUCUGAUGGGUUUGAUCAGCUGGGGUGACGGCUGCGGGAAGAAAGACACGCCUGGCGUUUACACGCGUGUCACAAACUACACAAACUGGAUCUCCAGCAAGAUGAGAGCGAACUGAGACGCAAACGAACAGCAUUCGCACAAAAUACAGUGACUGUCGGGUACGGAAAAUAAGGUGAUGGGGAAAACGCCUCGCAUUCACCGACCUUCACACCUACUGGACUACAUUUGACCUGCUCUCUGGGUUUGAGUGGCAUUUAAGGAGGAGACGUGGGAAUAGGACAGAUGCUGCGAGUCAGUCAUUGUAGAUCAUGUUUCACACGGGACGAGAAAUCUGACUCCAAAAACUGUUUUUAAUUUACAACACACAACGUGGCCUUCAAUUUACAAAAGGACAACAUGAGAAAUGCAUGAUAAUAAGGGUGCUAAAGUGCAAACUCUGAUGCACAAGAUCUAUUAAAAGUACUUUGUUUUAAAAUGAUAAUGGAUUUAGAGGCACUUUCGCUUUACUUUUAAAUAGUGAAGAUGUGAGUGAGCGACUGAUGGCACUUUUGAAUGUUAUGUGACGCUUUAUAAUGCUUGUUAAAUCGUAAUUAUUUUUAACACUAAACAUCUGCUGGGUCAGAGAGACGUUCGUUUUGGUGGUCAGUGUUGCUGCGUUGAUCCAAACACAUUCAUUUGACUGUAUUUAAUACGACUUGUUUGACUGCAAAAUGUCUUUAGCGACCCAGAUCUAAUAUUAUUGCAGACUUUAGAUGUUGGGAUGCAUAUUAAGUUAAUAUUUAACUAUUUAACAUCUUUUAUACAAUUUUAUACACAUGAGCAGCUAGUGCUAAAUUAUUGUUUUUAUACAGUAAAUGCUUGUAUGCUAUUUUCCCCUGACAUUUUAUAAAACGUGAAAUGGAAACUGUUCUUUUGUCUUCUGUAUGAAAAUAUUUAUUUCAGAUUCAGAAGAUGAUCUUUUUUUUUCCAGCAAGUGUUUUGUGAAUUCACACUGUCUAUUUAGUCAAACUGGAUAAUGGGUGAGUGAUUUCAGUAAAAACUGCGAAAGUUACAAAAUAAAAGUCAUUUCAGAGACUUCAGGAGUCUUGCAGCAAAAGCUAA